ACUCUGAUGUCAUCAUUCUGAAGGUAUAAAUUGAGCUGUAGGCACUAAUACCACUUCAAAAGAAAUCAGACAUUGACCGUGCUGCAUCUCAAAAUGAAGUGGUGUUUUCUCAAAUGUAUUAGGCCGCCAGUGGUACCAAAUGAUGCUGGGGAUGGUACUGAAACAAAGGAGGAAAGAAAAAGGAAGGCCAAAGGAGGAAAAAAAAUAAAAUCCUGGCUAAAGAAGAUUUUUGCAAAUAAAGGAAAAGGAAAAAAGGCAAUGGAAGAGGAGAGCCAGGCAGUGGUGGUGGUGGAGGAGGAGAGCCAGUCAGUGGUGGUGGUGGAGGAGGAGAGCCAGGCAGUGGUGGUGGUGGAGGAGGAGAGCCAGGUAGUGGUGGUGGUGGAGGAGGAGAGCCAGGCAGUGGUGGAGGAGGAGGAGGAGAGCCAUGCAAUGGCGGAGGAGAGCCAGGCAAUGGUGGAGGAGGAGAGCAAGGCAAUGAUGGAGGAGGAGUACAAGGUGAUGGAGGAGGAGUUCAAGGCAAUGGAGGAGGAGUUCAAGGGAUUGGAGGAGGAGUACAGGGCGAUGGUGGAGGAGUGCAAGGCAAUGGAGGAGGAGGAGAGCAAGGCAAUGGAGGAGGAGGAGAGCAAGGCAAUGGAGGAGGAGGAGAGCAAGGCAAUGGAGGAGGAGGAGAGCAAGGCUUUGACUUUCACAAUGGAGGAGGAGGAGAGCAAGGCAAUGAUGGAGGAGGAGUACAAGGUGAUGGAGGAGGAGUACAAGGCAAUGGAGGAGGAGUUCAAGGGAUUGGAGGAGGAGUACAGGGCAAUGGUGGAGGAGAGCAAGGAAAUGGAGGAGGAGGAGAGCAAGGCAAUGGAGGAGGAGGAGAGCAAGGCUUUGACUUUCACAAUGGAGGAGGAGGAGAGCAAGGCAAUGAUGGAGGAGGACUACAAGGUGAUGGAGGAGGAGUUCAAGGCAAUGGAGGAGGAGUUCAAGGGAUUGGAGGAGGAGUACAGGGCAAUGGUGGAGGAGAGCAAGACAAUGGAGGAGGAGGAGAGCAAGGCAAUGGCGGAGGAGUGCAAGGCAAUGGCAGAGGAGUGCAAAGCAAUGGCGGAGAAGUGCAAGGCAAUGGAGGAGGAGGAGAGCAAGGCAAUGGAGGAGGAGGAGAGCAAGGCUUUGACUUUCACAAUGGAGGAGGAGGAGAGCAAGGCAAUGAUGGAGGAGGAGUACAAGGUGAUGGAGGAGGAGUUCAAGGCAAUGGAGGAGGAGUUCAAGGGAUUGGAGGAGGAGUACAGGACAAUGGUGGAGGAGAGCAAGACAAUGGAGGAGGAGGAGAGCAAGGCAAUGGCGGAGGAGUGCAAGGCAAUGGCAGAGGAGUGCAAAGCAAUGGCGGAGAAGUGCAAGGCAAUGGAGGAGGAGGAGAGCAAGGCAAUGGAGGAGGAGGAGGAGUGCAAUCCAUGCACGUAG